AUGUUGCGAACAGUCUUGAUCCUCGGUCGUGUUGCCGGCGCGAGGAGACGCAAGUUGCAUGUCGGCUUACGGGGGGUGCGGGCCACGAAGCAGCUUGAAAGGGUUCAUAAACGUCUCCGCGAGGACGAGGCGGAGCGAGCCUUCAUGCAGAAAAUUCGGGAGGACCGCAAUCGACGGGAAAAAAUUAUCGCCAAGGCACUGCGACAAGCACUUGCCAAAAAGGAGAGGGAGGAGUCAAAGUUACUGAGGCAAUAUGAGGCAAACAAAGUGAAGGCCGUCGAGGAGUUGAGAAAACUGAAGGAAAAGCAGGAGGCGCCCCCUGCGGUGGCUGCGCCUCAAGUUCAGAAGCCCGUCCGUGUUCCUUGCGCCAAAAAAGCAGAGAUCCCAAGGGAGGAAAUUCAACAACGCCGAGCGAAGGAACGCGAGGCUGAGAAAGCAUUCUUUGAGAUGAUUGAGAAGCUACGGAAAAGGCGUGUGUCGGAGAUGCUUGCCGAACAGGAGUUCGAGAAACAAAUAAGAGCACGGAUGGCAAGCGUUGAGAAGGAGGAAAGUGGUUUGGGUGGCAGCGAGUCUCCCGCGGUGCCAAGCGCGACGGACGAACCUGCCGACUCUGUUACUGCCCAAGACGCGAAUUUCGCAAGCAACCAGACGACGGAGCUUAAGGAGGUUGCUGAACAGACUGAGGAUAUCACACUGAAGGAAAUGGAGGAAAAUUCAGAGGUAAAUGUGGCUCUUGAGGAGCCUUCCCGUGUGGCCUCCGCCAAAGUGUCGCAGGAAAAACAAAGACCGUCCAUUGGAAAGGAAAAGAAGAAGACGCUUCAAACGAGUCAGGAGCAGCCAAAACCUCGUGAGAAACGACGUAAGAGAAUACAGGUGACCGAUCACGUCCCUGCCACUCCUCAAAUGACGGUUGAAAAUCCUACGGAUUAUGUCCCAAGAGUUUCUGAUCACGUUUACCCGCCCGUGUUUCAACAACCAACCCACGCUGUUUCGCUAACCGGUUUCAAUGAGCCUCCAGUGAUUUCUUCCAUGGCGCAGACACCGGACUUUGGGCAGAGGCAUGUGCAGUCGCUACCUUCUCUUGAGUCUCCCGUAAUCCCUUUGCGUCCACGGGCGUUGGACACAUUUCUUCCUGUAGCACGUGUGGCGCGGAGUAUGCCGGUAAGUUUUCCCCACAUUAUUCCUGCGGUGCGACAAGCUAGAGAGCGUCCAACUUCAGGUGCCGGACUACAUCGUCUAUAA